CUGAGGAAGUUCCCCGAGGGUUUAAAUCAAGACGUACCGACCGGAUGACACCACCGUUCAAAUCGGAAAACAAGAAGGCCAGGAGGACGAUAAAGAAGAAGGUUGUGAAACUCACCAGAAGACGUCGGAAACGGAGUUUUUCAGGAAAAACUUUGAAAAUGACUCGCACCGGAAGGACCAGGAGUCAACAAUGGGUUUACUGACUGUGAUUUUAAGAGAAGAUGCUGUCGAUGAUGGCUGAGGAAACAAAAACUCCGGCGAGCAGAUCAGAAAAGGCGUAUUCUGGGUCAGAGAUCGGAAUGGCAAAACAAUGGAAACCGGAGAAGAACCCCCUUUAUAUAGGGGGGAAACUGUCAUCAUUGGGCGGGAGAACCAAAACGGCGCAUUUAAUGCGCACGACAUCCCAAGACGGGGAAAGCUGCUCGAGGCCAUAAUGAAGGACGGAUGGCAGUUGGAAAACCCUUCG